GAUCUGGCAACACUGCUUAUUAUGCCUGACACCGGAAGUAAAACACUCGACGAAACCAGCGUGCAAGAUGGUGUCCACCCGUAGAGGAGGACGAGCGAACUCAGAAGUCGAAACAGCUCCUAAAGAGUGCUCCGACAUCCCGGCCACUCCCUCUACUGGUCGAACAACAAGAAGUUCUGCUAAACAGACAGAAAGUCCGUCACAUCUCCCUUUAGUGGAGUCCAGCAGCCAGCUUGAUGAAGAUGUAGGUAGAUCUUCAACUCCUCCACCCACCUCCUUGGUGAAAAGAUGCGCUAGAGCUUCCAGACUCCACAGUCCAGAGCAUCCGUGUACCCCAGUGAGCUCAAUCCACGAUGCUGACGUGUCAGACUCGGAGUCCUGCUGCUCUGUGCUGUCCGACGCACAGCUGUUUCCAACCAAAACCAGGAGGAGAAGAGUGCCCAGUUCAGUUGCUCAGAAAGACAAAGUGAAUCCUGAAGUGGAGUCCAGCUCCUCUGUUGCAUCAAAAACUGAACAGAUUCCACGCCGUAGCACAAGAAAGAAGCCAGCUUCUGGAAAGGUUGGCCCUGCUGGAACUAAGACGGGAGAAACCAAGGAUGACGAAGUUGACGACUCUUGUAGCUCAGCGGUGUCUGAAUACAGGCGAGUCACCAGAAGUCAGAGGAAGAGUGUUCGUAACAUAUCUAAAGAACAAACGGAGGACUCUGAUGCUGAAAGCUGCAUAUCCAGUGUUUCAGGAGCUGAAGUUCCUCCAUCCACCUCUCGCAGAAAAAGAGAGCUCCCACCUUUUAUCAUCGAUGAGGCUUCGGAACAAUCUCGUUCCCCUGCCCCAAGAAGUCAACCGAUAAGGGCAACAAGAAGAAAGGCGAUGAACACCCCUGAUCUAAGUGAUCCCAUGUCUGCCGAUUCUGAGGGCUUUGAGUCUGGGCCCAGUAAUAGUAUCAUCACUCACAGAGGGAGGAAGUCCAGAGUCGUCAUCGUCAUUGACUCAGACUCAGAUCUUACAGACAAAGGAACUCCCUGCAGCAGCCGCACAAACCCGGGAAACAGCUUUCAACAUGUUCGAGUGACCAGACGAGUAGUUAAGAACCUGUGUCUUGAUCAGGAAAAAGCCAGUGAGCCACUUGUAGAGGAAAGUUCAUUCAACGACUCCAGGUUAGAACACACAGUCAUCACUGAGGAUGCAGACAUCACACUGGUGGAAGAAGAUAGGAGUCAAAUAUCAGAAGAAAAAAACACAGAGAUGGAGGUUGAUUUGACAGUAAUGGAGGCAGAAGAUGAAAAAGAAGAAAAAAAGGAAGAUGAUAGUGAGCCUGCAUUAAUGACUACGGGCCAGCAGGAGGAGCCUUUCCCUGAUUGUAAAGACGACAGCACCUCUGAGUUGGAGAAGAUGCAGCAAAUAAUCGAGGCAUCAGAGCCUUUAGGGCCUUGUCAGCCUGACGCAGAAACACAUGAGGAGGCCUCUGAAAAAACUGGACAGGAGGGACACACCAUGGAGGUGGUUGAAGUGGAUGAUGACUCCUCACAGGAAGACCAGGCCUUUAAUGUUGAUGUGGGUGUGGAGAAAAUGGAGAAAGUGGAGGAUGUCAGUGACACACUGGUUGAGAACAGUGAAGAACAGGUAGAAUCCUCUCAGGUGACGUCUCAGCAGCAGCAGCAUGACGUCACAGUGGUUUCUGGCUCUGACCAACCACCACACGACUCAUCUGUACAGAGUAAGAACGUCAUCAGCCUUCUGGACAGCAGUGAUGAUGAUGAUGAUGAUGACUUUGCAGACAAGCUAAUAGUUGAUUCUAAAGAUGAAGAACAGGAGGAUGUUGCGUCCAGGAGGGGAGAAUUCUCCGGCGAAGCAGCCGCUGCGUCAGUCGAUGGACUGUUCAUGAUUGAUACACGGCCUGGACAAGAGGCAGAUGAAGACUACUACAAGGAAAGGCCCUCGGAGGCACGGCAGGAAACUAAACAAACAGAGGCCGAGCAGGAAGUGCUGGAGGACGAGUUUGUGGAUGAGGAGGCUGAUGAUGAAGACGAUGAUGAAGAUGCAAUUCUCUUCUCCAGUCGAAAUAAAAAGCUGGACACCUUGUCCAGCCGCAUUGACCCUGGCAUCAGACUGAAGGAGCUUGGGGGGUUAUACAUCAACUUUGGUGACAGCAAAUCAAAAUCUGUCUCCAGUUCACUGCAAAAAGUGAAGGGAAAGAAGAUUCAAGAUGAGGUGAUGGAUAAAAGUGUGAUUGGACCAGACUUUCAAAAGAAGGAGGCGGUGCCACCCUACAAGGAAUCCCAAUACGCCUUAAAGAGAAAGGGCAAAGCUGAAAGGGAGAAAACAACAGGAGAAGCUUGGUUUAACAUGAAAGCACCAGAGGUGACUCAGGAACUGAAAGGAGACCUGAGAGUCCUGAAGAUGAGAGGUUCCCUGGACCCUAAGAGGUUCUACAAGAAGAACGACAGGGACGGAUUCCCCAAAUACUUUCAGGUCGGUACUGUGGUGGACAGUCCUGCUGACUUUUAUCAUUCCCACAUUCCCAAGAAACAGAGGAAGAGGACAAUGGUGGAAGAGUUGCUGGCUGAUGCCGAGUUCAGACAGACCAACAAAAAGAAAUACCAACAAAUCAUGACAGAGAAAGCAGCGCAGUUAGCUGGCAGGAGGAACAACAAGAAGAAGAAAUUCCAUAAAAAGUGAAAGACCUGAAGACCUGAGUCAAUUAAAAAAACAGAAGCUAUGAACUUUAGCUUAGCAACAGGAGACUGAUUUCUUUUUUUUUUUGAGACCUAAAUAUUUUGUUGAAAUUGUGUGCAUUGUAAUAAAAGAGUAAUUAAAAUCA